AUUGCUCAAAAGUUUUUAGUUAGGAGUCAUCACCAGUUGCGUUUUCCAUUCUUUUUUUGUUCAGGAAAACAGUGAUUGUGAAGAGGUCAAGAAAUAAAACGGUUGACUUGAUAUCGGAAAAGGUUGAAAGGUUGUUGAGUGAGGGGUUUACUGCAAGAGCAGGCUACCAAACGGCCAAAGCAGUGUGUUUUGGCUUUUGGGUGCCACCAUUCAUUUACAUUGCAAUGCAAAACUUCGAUUACCGCCUUCGCCGAUCUCCUUUAUCACCAUGUGGCAUACCUUCUGGCGAUCUAUUGAUCGCUUCUCCAUUGAGCACUUCAAAUCUGUCAUCAAUGAAUUGCGGCGGAUUAAAGUUGUAAACAAACAUAACAUGGAACUAGUGAUGGAUUUGCUACAGUCCAUUGUUGAGAUAGUCACUUAUGGUGAUAGACAAGAUCCUUUCAUUUUUGAAUGUUUCAUGGAACACCAAGUACUAGCAGAAUUCGUUCGUAUACUAAAGAUCAGUAAAAAUUCAAAAAUUGAGGCACCUUUGCUUCAAUAUCUGAGCAUACUGAUUCAAAAUAUGGAUAGCGAACAUUCAAUUUACUAUUGUUUCAGCAAUGAUUAUAUUAACAACAUAAUUUCACAUCCAUUUAUCUUUGAUGGGGGAGACCUAGCUCCAUAUUACGUAUCUUUUCUAAGAGCUGUUAGCAGUAAGGUAAACAGAGACACACUUUGCCUACUUGUGAAGGUUCAUGGGGAUGUUGUUGUUUCCUUUCCCUUGUAUAUUGAGGCUCUUAGGUUCGCUCAUCACGAGGAAAGAAUGAUUAAGACUGCUAUACGUGCAUUAACUCUCAACAUUUACAAUGUUAGUGAUGACAUGGUGUUUCAAUUCAUAACAACUCCUCCAGUUUCAGAGUACUUCUCUGACCUGGUUUGCAGACUAAGAGAUCUUUGCUCUGAUUUAGACGCUUGUCUCCAUUCUAGAGGCAGGGAGAUGGACGCUCAAAAGGGAAGAAACAGUCUGAUUGUUGAAUCUGAUAAAGUUGUGGAUGAUCUAUACUACCUUAAAGACAUUCUUAGUGUUGGCGAGCCUUGUUUGAGUGGACUUGUUACUGAAAAUCUUCUCAACGGACUUGUGUUUCCAAUAAUAAUCUCAUUACUGGCUUCAAAGGAGAACAAUGACUCAAAUCUAUCUGCAAUCACAUCUCUAUAUAUCCUGUCUCUUCUUCUUCAAGUCGUUGGUGGAAAGUGUAUAAUCAAUAAUGUGGCUGGGGUUAUCCUCUAUCCUUUCUUGACCUUAAAUGUGAGACAUCUGAAUGAAGGGAAUGCGUCUCAUGAACCCAGCGAUGUUUAUCCUUUUUCUAAGCAUGUGAAUGAAGUCAAAAGAGUUAUAUGUUGCGCUCCUGAGUGCAAAGGAGCAGAGAGCAAUGACAGGAACUAUGAUGCUCAUAUAGUAGAUUUCAUGUCCAGUUUCAAUGUUAGCAGCUCCACUGGGGAUAUUUAUCUUAAACGGGAUGGAAUGCUUGCAUAUAUUUUCUCUGACCAUUAUCCCAUGCUGCUAGGUUCUGUAUUUUUAUUGCUUAUUUUGUCAGAAAGUAAAGAUCUUGAUUGUGCAUUAGCUCCAGUGAUCGGGUUAUAUAAGUGUCAGACUAAUGAUGCAUCAACAUCAACUUCUAAGUCUGCUGAUGGAGGUAUCUUCAUUAAAUUUAUGCCUGAGAUUUUAAAUGCUCUAUUGAAGGUGUUAGCCUUUCAGCAAUCCCUCUCUGCAAUGGCACUAUGGCAUACAGGGUGGUGCUUUCUAAAGCUACUUAGCAUUCACAGAGAGGGACUUCAUGGUGAUAAUCUUCACCUGUUCAGUACUUCUUGCAAGCAGUCCCGAGAAGGCUUUCUUAAAGAACUUGAUGGAAUUUGGUUUGAUCAUAUUCCAAAUGCUUUAAGAAGUCAAUGGGCAAGUUGUAAAAAAGUUCUUGAGGAAUCUUCCCAGCAUAAAGAUUCUUUGUUCAUGUUGGAGCUCGCUCUCCACCAACAAUCAAUUAAUGGUGAAACAUCUUCAUAUUUUUCUUGGCAAGGGAUGAUUGAUGCAGUGAAGGUUUUUAUUCUCCAUAUCCAGCUGCAGUCGUUUAUUUCCAAAGGUGUAUUAGUUGAGAAUCCAUUAUUGCUGGGCAGUCCUACCACCAAUGAUUCUGGAGCAAUCCAUUCUUCAGAUGUUUCAAAUGCUAGCUUCGGAUCAGAUGUUUCCUUAGAAUCUGGUACGCCCUGCAGAAUUGCCUUUUCCAAUUCUGAAAUCAGGGAUAUAUACAUGAUACCAGUGGCAAGUGGAAUGACUGGAAAGUUGCUUCUUGCCGAGAAACAUCCUUUUCGCAGUUAUCGUGGAGUUGUUAUUGCAAUUGCACCAUUGGCGGGGUUGAAUCCUAAGAUAGAUGAGGAGCACCCUUCAUGGUUGCGUCUUCGAAUAAGAGAGUUUGAUGCAGAGUUCUAUACUAACAAAGGGAAUGGAAAGCACCUCAACCCAUCUGAUCACGUGAAAGAUGGGAUAUGGACUCUCGGUUUCCCAAAUAAAAAAGCAUGUGAGUCUGCUAAAUUAACAAUUAUGAGUGAAAUUACCAAGCAAAGAUCAGCUGUAGAGUACAUACUUGCGCCACUGCUUCAGUAUGAUCUUGGAUUAGCUGAAACUGAAAGCUGAGGUGAUCAAAGCUCUGACUGUAGUUUAGCUCACAAUUAUUUUUUCCUUUGAUUUUCUUUCUUCUCUUUUGUAUUCAAUUUACUUGUCAAAAGUAUUUUCUUUCGUUUCUUAUUUUGGUUUUAUGAAGUGGAAAAGGGCUUUCACCUUGCAUAAUGUUGGUGAAGAUUUACCAUGUCAUACACCAAUUACAAUCAGCAAGGUUGCUUGUGUAGAAUGUAAAUACGUAAUCAUUCAUAUUAACUUCUGUUGUAUGUGUUUGAGCUUGCAGAGCGUUUUUUGGGGCCCAGUAUUGAGCAUAUAAGCUAAUCACUGCCUCUAUCAUGUAACUCUGAUUUCAUGUAGAAACGUGUUUGUUUGUGAUACUUGAAUUCAUAUAUCUGUGGCAGUUUUUGAUUUCUCAUGAA